UUGUAGGUAUUUAGGAAUGGAGAAAGUAAUUUAUUGGUGGAUGAAAUCAGUAUCCUCUUUAUCACUCACAUUAGCAGAGGUGGAAAGUCAGGUACCCAGUUAUAAAGAUGGUCGUUGGUUGGGCCGAGCCGGGCGUCAAGUCCACAUUGUAUCGUGUUGUGCCGGGACGAAAGUUCAAAACAAGGCCCAGACCCACAGGCUUCGUGUCGGGUCGGCCCAUCGUGCCCAAGCCGAAUUUUACUAAAUUUAGCGUGUUUUGUCGUGCCAUGCCUUGUCGUGCUUUUUCCAAAAACAAUGCGGCCCAAGCCUGACAUACGACUUUGUGCUCGUGUCGGGCCGUGCUUUUUCCGUACCUGAUCGGGUCGGGCCUCGGGCCAUCUUUACCCGGUUUUGAACACCCCUACGAUCCGUAUGGUGAAUGAUCUCGAGCAUCUCGUGACUCUUUUGCGUUUGGCAGAAGUAAGCAUUUUGUGCAAUUGUGGUUUGUCUUAAGUAACGCCAAUCUAUUCCUACAAACUGAGAGUACAAAACUACAUAAGAAACCAAAUUCCAGUACACAUUUCGUCUGUUAAUGUUGCCUAUAAAAACACCAACACUUUCUCCCACCUCUCUUGGCUUUUCUAUUUCAAAGAUCACAAGAACCACAAAAAUAAAUACAGUAAAUAAUAUUUAGGGUCAAUUUAGGAAAUUCAAGUGCCAUAGAAAUUUUGAAUAUUCCCUGAUUUCACCAGCCUGUACCCCCAUGAACCAAUGCCUGAGCACACUACUAUUUAGAUUAGUGAUUUGUCAUUUGCCAGCUGGCUUUUCUUAUUAUUAUUAUUUAUUUAUUUAUUUUAAUCCACGACAUCUACUCGAAAACUGAUUUUGUCACACUAGCUGAUAUUGUCACACUUCUUUUUUAGUAUAACGCAUACAAUUACGGAGUAUUCUCAUAGUGGAGUCACGGAGAUGCCAAAAUCUACUUUUGGUUGUGACAAAUCAAUUCCUCUAAUAAUUUUCUCAGCUUGUUUUAGGAUUAUCAAAAUAAAAUUUCAAAAUCUACUUUUGGAUGCUAUCAUAUGAGUUUUUUUGUUGGAAAUAUGCAAAUGAAUGAGAGAUAAAUUAAAAUGUGUUUUAUAAUUUGCGCGAUAGAGGUAUGAUUACCUUUUUGAGUAAGUAAAUAAGCGAGUGGAUUAAGAGGAUGAGAGGAGCAUUUGUAUAAGGGACACCGCCAAUCUCGAUUGCACCAAAAUUGGUGCAAUUUUGUUUCUUAGACGUUGUUACUAAUAUGUCGUAACAAUACGUACACACGUCAAAAUAACCGACCUACAUUCCUAUUUGUUUUAACAUUUUGCACUACACAUGUAAAAUAAGUUGUACUCCGUAUAAGACAUGACCUUAUUUACCCUAUUGUUUCGUAGAUGAUAUAACUAUGAGUUAUGACCACGCUUUUGCUAAAAUAAUGUCUACCUUCAAGGCAUGAUGGUAUCUUAAACGACCGUCAAAGUUAAAUUAAUCUGAUUUGAUAAAGCUACUCAUCUUUAGUAGAUAUGUAACGAUAAGUCCAUGAUUCAAUCUAGUUGAACCCAAAUAUUUUUUGAAUUGAGUUGACCAUAAUUGAAUUAAUUAUCAUCAUUCAUCAUCAAACAAGUUGACCACAUGCAUUCCAAAUGGCAAAGAUGUGCUAAUUUUUCAAGUUUCAAAAUUCAACUUAUUUAUUCACAACCUUUCCUCACCAACCAUGAUGUUAACUUAGAAAGUGAUAUUACUACUUCUUUUCUUUUACUGCCCCUUAGCAAAUCCAAUCUGGUACACUAACAAAAGUAGCAGUUUUACAUCAAAAUCUCUCAAAUAUUGUAAAUUUAGCAAGAAAAAGUGACAGAUUACCAAUAAAAUUAGCAGUUAAUAAAAUCUUAUAAACUGCCAUUUUUAAUUUCUGAGAUAUCACUGUCAAUCAAAUGUCUUGUAGCUUCACUAGUUGCCCAAAAGUAGCAACACAAAAGAGAGAAACAAAACCAAAAAUGAUGAGAGAGAAUUAAUAUGCACGCUUCUUCUGCAGCCAAGCUUGAGACUGAGGAUGAUGAUGCUCUAGAGCUCAAGCUUUUGCUUUCAUGGCGGCUGCUUUUUGUUUCUUUCUUUCACUCUUCUUCCUCUUCUCUCCAUUUCCAGCUCAAGGGAAAAUUGUAGCAGAAAUUAAGCAAACACAAGGGAAAGAUGAACCCUAUGUUGGAGUAAACAUUGGAACAGAUGUAUCAAAACUUUUAUCUCCUUCAGAUUUGGUUUCAUUCUUACAAGUACAGAAGAUUAACCAUGUGAGGCUCUAUGAUGCUGAACCUGAUUUGUUGAAAGCACUUGCUCAUACAAAGAUUAGGGUUAUAAUUGGUGUACCUAAUAACCAACUAAUUGCAAUUGGAUCCUCCAAUGCCACUGCCGCGGCUUGGGUGGACCGGAAUGUUGUCGCUUUCUACCCGGAAACCACCAUCAUCGCCGUUGCUGUGGGUGAUGAGGUAUUGACCACAAUGCCUUCAACUGCCCCUUUGCUUUUGCCUGCUAUUCAGUCAAUUUAUAAUGCACUUGUGGCCUCCAAUCUUCAUACUCAAAUAAAAGUUUCAACCCCACAAUCGGCCUCCCUAAUUUUGGAUCCUUUUCCACCUUCUCAAGCAUUUUUCAACACCUCAAUGACUCAGUAUUUGUUGCCAAUUGUUAAGUUUUUGUCUAGGACUCAAUCUCCUUUGAUGAUGAACUUGUACCCUUACUAUGUUUAUAUGGAGAAUAAGGGUGUAGUGCCGUUGGAGAACUCUUUGUUUAAGCCCUUGACACCUUCCAAGGAAAUGGUUGACCCUAAUACGUUGCUUCAUUACACCAAUGUGUAUGAUGCAAUGGUUGAUUCGGCUUAUUUUUCUAUGAAAAACCUUAAUGUAACCGAUGUUGUGGUGCUUGUGAGUGAGACGGGGUGGCCUUCCAAGGGGGAUUCCAAAGAGCCUUACGCUACCGUGGAUAACGCGGAUACAUACAAUUCAAAUCUCAUUAAGCAUGUUUUCGACAAGACAGGCUCCCCGUUUCAUCCAGAGAUCACAUCUAGCGUGUAUUUAUACGAGUUGUUCAACGAGGAUUUGAGGUCUCCUCCAAUAUCUGAGGCCAAUUGGGGGUUGUUUUAUGGUAAUACAACGCCGGUGUAUUUGUUACAUGUUUCGGGGAGUGGGACUUUCUUGGCUAAUGACACAACAAACCGGACUUAUUGCAUUGCCACGGAAGGGGUAGAUACGAAGACUUUGCAGACAGCAUUGGACUGGGCUUGCGGGCCAGGAAGGGCUAAUUGUAGCAAAAUUCAGCCCGGAGAACCUUGUUAUCAGCCCAACAAUGUCCAGAACCAUGCUUCUUAUGCUUUUGAUAGCUACUACCAGAUGGAGGGGAAGUCUGCCGGGUCCUGUGAUUUCAAAGGUGUAGCCAUGAUCACCACCUCCGAUCCUAGUAAUGGGAGCUGCAUUUUUCCUGGAAGUAAGAAAGAAGGAAAAAACACGAAGGAGGUGGUGAAUUCAACUCAAAUCACGAGUGGGUCAUUCUCGAGUUAUGGAAGCAACCAAAUAAGUUUAAUUUCUUUGUGUACUGUUAUGUUUCUUUGUUACAUUUCCAAUUUACAUUUUUAGUAAGUAGCCGAGGAUCUGUAGGUACAUAAUGAUAGAAGAUACGAGUAAUUUUUUGGGCAGAUGCAUUAUUUUGUUGUAAUCUAUUCAUUAUGGUGUUGGUUAGUAA